AUGGCCGACCGAACCACGCGGUUGAAAACCUGCGGCCUCCAGCUCGCGUCCAAAAUACCCAUCAUCUGCCGCUUCUUCCCCCGCCCGCCACGCAUCAUCACUUCGGAUUCCGCCUUCGAAGAAGAAGGCUCCAAGUACUUUCGCGAAAAGCGCUUCUACCCCGUGCACAUUGGUGGCCUCCUCAACGACCGCUAUCGAGUAGUGGGAAAACUAGGCUUUGGCGCGAACUCUACGAUAUGGCUCUACAAGCCGUAUGUUGUGGUCAAAGUCGGCCGCCAGAAUAGCGUCCAGGGAAGCAGGGAAGCGAGGAUAUACGAAUACAUAAAAUCGGUGCAGUCUUCGCAUCCGGGGGCAGGCCUCGUUCGCAGCAUGCUCGCGUCGUUCGAAUUAACUUUGGACGGAAGUGUGUACUACGGCCUCGUGCACGCGCCGCUGGCUAUGUCGCUGAGGGACCUGCGCAAGGGGUAUGUGGAUUGCAGGGUGCCGGUGGAGAUGGUACGAUGGGUAGUGCGGAACGUGCUGCUUGCGUUGGACUUUCUGCACGAGAGCGGCAUUGUACAUACCGAUCUGCAGGACGGAAACAUCAUGUUCCGCCUCACCUCCCCCUCUCCCCUGCACGCCUUUUCAAAAGCCGAAUCCCUCAGGCCCAGCGCCCGCAAACACAUCCCAGACCUGCCCUACACCGUCUACCAAUCCCGUCCGCUGGCCUGGGAGAACCACUUCGGCGUCCCCAUCCUCUCGGACUUCGGCCUCGCGCGGUACGGCGAGCAGACCUUCAGCGCCGACGCGCGCGUCCAGCCGCUGCAGUACCAGGCGCCCGAGGUCAUUCUCAAACUGGGCUGGGACUGCAAAAUCGACAUUUGGAAUCUCGGAUGCGUGGUGUACAAUUUGCUGAGCGGUGAGCUGCUGUUCAGGGGCGUGGACGACGCGCUGGGUUGUUGGAUGGCGGCGCGGCAUUUGCGGGAAGUUAUUGAAGUGCUGGGGAUGCCGCCUCGGGACUUGUUCGCCGGGAAGGUGAUGGGAAGGGCGGUGGGGUUUGAUGAGCGAGGUGCGUUAUACCCACCCCCCUUUCUUUCUUUCUUGUAG